CCGCGCGCCCGGGUGCCCGCUUCGCCUCGGCUGACGCGCGUCGUCCCGGGCCGCGUUUUCUCCGUGGGAACCAGGGAACCGGCGCCUCCGCGGCGCCCUCCCGGGGCCGGGCAGGUGGCAUCUCCCCAGCUUCCGCGCGUGGGGCCCGUUUGUCCCCGGGCCAUCAGCAGUCGAGAGCGAGAGGAACUGCGUUCGUAGUGCGCGGCAUGAGGAGAGACUAUGGAGUGAGAUGGGAGUCAAAAAGACCAGCUUCCAGGACGGAUCUCUGGCUGUCACCCUGUUUUCCCCCCCAACCGUCGCAGGCGCCUUGCGAGGCGCUGGGAAGGGAGGACCGGGCCGAGGGGAGGGGAGAGAGGUGUGGGUGUGUCCACGUUUGAAUGAGCAGAACUAAUCGCCUUUGGAAGCUGCAUACGGUGGGCAGAAACUGCCAGGCCCAGCACGUUACCCACCUCUGCAGAGUGGACAACUGGUCUUAGGAAAAACGACUUUAGUAGUCCUCCCACCACCUUUUUUUCUUCUUAUUUGGGAAAAAGAGGAGUUCUUCGAAGUCUGUUUUUAAGGCUAGCACCAUUUUCAAGGUUGGUCAGUUCAGGUCUGGGGUUUGUCAGAGCGCCUGUUGUGAAAUUGUGUCCUUGUCUCAUUCCUGCCUUCACCCCAUCCUGCAUCCCGGGAAGUACAUCCCUCCUUUCCCGGGAAAAGAGGAAACUAUUUCAGAGGGCCUCACGCCUGGCGUGCUGUGCCCCCCCUUCCCCAUUUGCAUGAUGGUGUCAGGAGAGUGGGAAAUGAAAGGAACAGAAUGUGGCUCUCCCCAACCCUCUCCCCUAACCCUUAAAACCAGUCAGAACCACUCCAGAGGUGGCUUGAGAGUCUGAAGCCCAGAGGGCUUUCGGAGUUGAGAUAAGAAACAGCACGUUGCUUUGUGCCUGUGGUGUCCUUGGAACUAGAGAAUCUGUGUUGCAAGGUCGAAGGGGCAGAGAGUGGGAAAGGGUAAAAGCAACACAUCCUGGAGAGGAUUAAUUCUGAGGGAAGGGAGUGGUGAAGGAGUAGUAGAGAUAUUUGACACUUGUCUCCUCCUGUUUCUGUUUGUGUAUGUUGCUGUGGUCCUGGUCAGUAACUGGAUAAGAGAAGGCGGGAAGCAUGUCGGAGUUUUGGUUAAUUUCUGCCCCUGGUGAUCAGGAAAAUUUACAGGCACUGGAGAGGAUGAACACCGUAACCUCCAAGUCCAACCUGUCUUACAACACCAAAUUCUCGAUUCCUGACUUCAAGGUGGGGACCUUGGAUUCCCUUGUGGGCCUCUCCGAUGAGCUGGGGAAACUCGAUACCUUUGCUGAAAGCCUCAUAAAGAAGAUGGCCCAGAGCGUGGUAGAAGUCAUGGAAGACGCCAAGGGGAAGGUUCCGGAGAACCUCCUGGCCAAUGGAGGUUUGAAGGAAAAAAUGAAAUAUUUAAAGAUUGACCUAACAUCCUUUGUGACCCACUUUGAAUGGGACAUGGCGAAGUACCCCGCCAAGCAGCCGCUGGUGAGCGUGGUGGACACGCUAGCAAAGCAACUGGCACAAAUCGAGACUGACCUGAAAUCCCGAACAGCUGCCUACAACACUCUGAAGACAAACCUGGAGAACCUGGAGAAGAAAUCCAUGGGAAACCUCUUCACUCGGACACUGAGCGAUAUUGUGAGCAAAGAAGACUUUGUGUUGGGUUCCGAGUAUCUCAUCACACUUCUGGUCAUUGUCCCCAAACCAAGCUACGCACAAUGGCAAAAAACCUACGAGUCUCUCUCAGACAUGGUGGUCCCUCGGUCGACUAAACUGAUUGCCGAGGACAACGAGGGCGGCCUCUUCACGGUGACCCUGUUUCGAAAAGUGAUCGAGGAUUUCAAAACCAAAGCCAAAGAGAACAAGUUCACUGUCCGUGAAUUUUACUAUGAUGAGAAAGAAAUUAAAAGGGAAAGGGAGGAGAUGAGCAGAUUGCUGUCUGAUAAGAAGCAACAGUAUCAAACUUCCUGUGUUGCUCUUAAAAAGGGAUCCUCCACCUUCCCGGACCACAAGGUUAAGGUAACCCCGCUAGGUAACCCUGAUAGGCCCGCUGCGGGGCAGACGGACAGAGAGAGAGAGAGUGAGGGCGAGGGAGAGGGCCCGCUGCUGCGCUGGCUCAAGGUGAACUUCAGCGAAGCCUUCAUCGCCUGGAUCCACCUCAAGGCGCUGCGGGUGUUUGUGGAGUCCGUGCUCAGUUGGCACUUGGUGCUGUCUUCCUCCUCGCCACGCUGUUCUGUCCUUCCCGCCUACGUGGGGGCUCGGGCCGACUCGCUCUCCGCCUCUGUCACUCAGCCCAGAGUUGGACAAAGUAGAUGCUAGAGGUUCGUGGACCCAGCCCUCAGCCGAGGACGUGCUAGUUCAGCCUCAGGGUGAAGGGAACCAGGGGCUUCAGCCGUCGGGAUGAGCGCGGGCCGGCCGGGUAGCUGGCUGGUUAGUCCGGCUCCUGGGAGAGGUGUUGGCGGGGAGCAGACUUCAGGGAGUCCUAAUAGUGGCUGUGCAGGUGCAUUCAUUUAGGGAGAGUCGUAAAGAGGGAACAUACUGAGAGGGCACCGCGGGAACCCAACAUUUAAGGGGUGGAGGCAGAAAAGCCCAUGAGGAAGUCAGAGGCAGGAGGAGGGAGUAGCUGACGAGUCAAAGGGAGAGGAAACUGAAGGAUUUAUGUGUCCUUGCAAAUGGGCCACAAGGUCAUUGGUGGGACAAACCCUAGUGUGGUGGCCAAAGGGUGACUGGGUGAUAUAGAACACUGGAUACUCUCAACUUUGGAACGAGAGCUUUAGGGAGCCGAGGAAGUUUAUGUUAAGCAGGGCAAGAUGGUGAUAACAUUAAAGGGAAGGGGGCAGUAGUUGAGAAAGGCCGAUGCCCCUUGCAGCCCAGGGUGGGGACGGGCUGGUGGCUACAGUGGUCUCGGUAUGGUGGCUGCAGGUGAGGGCUCCCCACCAGGUGACCACGGCACUCAGGGAGCAGCCCAGGAGGGAGCAGCGUUGGGGGGCAGCCGUGAGAAUGAGGAGCAGAACAGACCCAGCUGUUCCUGGAAGUCCUGUUCUGAGAAGAACGUGAAAAGCCCUGAAAUCAAGGGUGGGCUGAGAAGGGGGCCAAGGGCUUGGAGGCUUGAUUGGGGAGGGGGGGGGUAGGAACAUUCAGUCAUCAUUUAUGAAGCGAUGAAGGAGGGCCUGUUGCUCUCCAAGACGGGACAGAACGGACCCGUGCCUCUGCCCUGAAGCAGCUCCCAGGCUGGGAAAGGGAGAGCUCUGGACACAGGGGUCCUUGUUAGGGAGGGUAUACCACGUCCCAGAGCAACUGGGCAGUAACUGUGGAAUGAGCAGGCUGGAGGACAAAGCAGGGCUGGCAGUGACCGGCUGGGAGCUGGAAUGCCCACCCUUAACAUACAGGUUGCCCGAGCUGCGGCCAGCAGGUGGAGAGAACAGUCUUGAAGUGGAGCAUGUGGAGCGGGUUUCUGGAAAGCACUGGGGGUUGGCGUAGGGAGUUCAGAGGGAAACUGCUCCUUCAGGUAAGAUGACGACAGCCCUUGGCUGUCUGUAUUCCCCCGGGGAAUACCGGAGCUUUGAUGGUAAGAGGGGAACAAAGGAGAGAGGAGGCAUCAGCUGGGCCAUCCCCCUCCCCUGUGAGCUAGCCCACUUGCCUCUUGGGAAAGAUGAUGCAGACGGGGCUCUGAAAUCGGGGUUCUGCUCGCCCAGCGUCCUUCAAAGACACAGGACUAAGUAAGCUGUAGGCUUGAUUUAUAGUGAAAAUGGCACACACGUGGUCACACGCCGCCCCCUUCACAUGUACUUCUUCCUGCGGAUCCAACAGACCUUGGUGUUUCAGGGGACGCCGCGCCAGUAACAACCAGAAAGGGCUGGUUAGCACGUUCUCCCGGGGAGUUUCCUAUCCAGAAAAACCCAGUUACUAGUCUCACCUCUGACCCUAGACACUUCAUUCAAUUGAGUUGUAUUUUCUUAAGCUAUGUGGACUGAAGCCUUCUUCUUACCAGAACUUCCUGGUUCUUGUCAGGGUUACUUGACCUGCAUUUGCGUCUGAAGUAACUCAUUCGCACGUUUUGUCUGUCUGGGAAGGUACGGACUGCCGGUGAACUUCCAGGCGGUGCUCCUCCAGCCUCAUAAGAAGUCAUCCACCAAACGAUUAAGGGAGGUUCUGAACUCUGUCUUCAGACACCUGGACCAAGUAGCAGCUGCAAGUAUAC